AUGGCAGAGACUCAUGGUUUGAUGGAGAGACUGGAGAAAGCAGUGACUCGACUCGAGUCAUUAUUUUCAGAUCCACACCGAUCUGCUGGAAUGGAGUGUGAUGCCAUCAAUGGAGUCAAUGGAAGCAUAGCACCCUAUGUUGAAGCCUUUGACAGGCUGCUGAAUGGAAGUGUUGCUGAGUUUCUCAGGUACAGCAAGAUUCUUGAAGGUGAUGUGAAGACACAUGCAGAGAUGGUACGUGCUGCUUUCCAAGCGCAAAGAUCUUUCCUGGUGUUAGCAUCUCAAUGUCAAGAGCCUCAAGAGAAUGAGGUGGCAAUGCUGCUCAAGCCAAUAUCAGAGAAGAUUCAGGAAAUCCAGAACUUCAGAGAAAGGAACAGAGGCAGUAAAAUGUUCAACCACCUCUCAGCUGUCAGUGAGAGCAUACCUGCCCUCGGGUGGAUCGCUGUGUCUCCUAAACCAGGCCCUUACGUCAAGGAGAUGAAUGAUGCUGCUACCUUUUAUACUAACAGGGUAUUAAAGGACUAUAAGCACAGGUAUGUGGCCAAGCCCCAGUAUGCAUUAGCCAGAGAACAGAGCGUUAAGCACACCGACAGGGUUCACAGUGCCAUUGCAGAAAGCAGUUU